AUGGGCGCUACUCGCUUCUUUGGCUCCCAGGUCGGCGGCCAGGCCGUCAUCAACUACGCCUAUACCGACCUUCCCUCACGCCUCCUGAUGUGGGAUAUUUACUAUUUCUUCUACUACGCUUGGGCUCUGCCCUGGAUCCUGAUGCCCAUUGGCACAGGAGACGACUGGCCCAACUCAGGCCACCUCGACGAACUGGCCUGGACAUGGCAGAACGCCUUCUGCAUCGUUGUCCAUGCCGUCCUCGUUGUUCUGCAGAUGCUCUUCCUGCUGUGGCUACCCUUCGUUGUCGUGCUCCCCAUUUGGACCGCUGCCAUCGGUUUCGCCGUCUUCUUCACUGUCAACUGGGCGCUUUGUCUGCUGCUCAACGGUCCGAGCAUCGAGUAUCACUCCGAUCCUCAUUACGCGCCGGCCUUGCCCGAGCAUGCCGAUGAGCAAUGGAUCUUUAUCAAUGGUGUUGCCGUGGGAGACCACUGGAUGAGAAACAACUUAAACAGGCUGGCGCUCACCUUUAAGCGUCCCGUACUUGGCAUUCAUAACCGCACCUCAGGCAUCGUCUUCGACGUAGUAGAAUGCCUGAUUCAACGCAAUCUCAGUUACGCCACCUCCGACGUCCGACUGGCUUAUCGUAUCGUCAAGCAGAAGCUCUAUGAGCCCAGAUUUUCGAGGGUCAUCUUCAUCCUGCAUUCGCAAGGUGGUAUUGUGGGCGGCCUAGUCCUCGACUGGUUGCUCCAGGAACUCCCUCAAGAUCUCCUCUCCAAGCUGGAGGUUUAUACCUUUGGCAACGCGGCAAACCACUUUAACAACCCUCACCGUCAUGUCAUCUCACAGGCCCUCGCCCAGGACGACCCUCUCGCUGCCCUCACCACGACCACGACGGAGAUUACCCAAAAGACUCGGACCACGUCUCCUAUAUCAUCGCUGGCCCCAGGCGAUUCUUUUCAGACCCGGGAACUCCCCGAAGAGGACGUCAAAGGAGGCCAAAACGGAUCCGAAAGCAGAAGCGGACUGCCUGGUACACCCAGCCUCCGCGAAACGACUUCCUCGCUCUCUUCAACACGCACCUCGAGUGCCGCGCGCGACCGCGCGCUCGGCCACGUGGAACACUACGCGCACACCACCGACUUCGUGGCCCUCUGGGGCGUCCUGCAUUUCUGCACGUCCCAGACGGCGCAGCGCACGAUACCGCGCUUCAUCGGACGGCUCUUCGCUCGCGCCUCGGACCGCGGCGGGCAUCAGUUCUGCCAACACUACCUCAACGGCAUGUUCCCGCUCGAGCGCGAUCCGAACACCGGCAGGCUCGUGGGGUGUGCCGAGGACAACGAGUUCAUGGAGAGCGAGAUUCUCGUCGGAUCUGAGGACACGGUCGGGCACCACGCCCGGGAGGCAUUCGAGAUAUCCUGGCUCGGUUCCGGGGGGUUCGGUAGUGGAGACGUCCCCGCCGAGGUUGCGGUUCACGGAGUUUCUAGGCGUAAGUCGAAGGGGGUCGUCAAGGUCAAGGAGCUUUCGCGGCUUUGGAUGUACCGCAACGGUAUGUCGCCUCCGGAUGUCCAACCAUGGCUCGUGAUAGAGAAGGGAGUCGUCCGAAAUACAGAGAAACUACCUAGGUAUUCUAGAGAGGAGGGGACGUGGGCAGAUAUGGGGUAG